UAAAAAGAAAAUUUAGAAUAACUUUUAAGUUAAAUUUUUUUUUAAUAAAGAAACAAUCAAUUUCUCCUUAGAGUUAAAGAUAUCAAUCAAGUAGAAACAUUUAAAAAGAAAAAUAAAUAGAGAAUGCUAAGCAAAAAAGAUAUAGAGAAUUUAAUGGAACUACUUAUGCUAGAUCCAGAUAUCACUUUAGAAGGAUUAUUCUAAACGUUUAUCAAAAAAUAUAACAGCGAAUACCAUAAUUUAUUUAGACCAUGCUCACUCUGUCUGUGCUUACUAAAAGAAAAUCUGAUUACAGAAUAGUAAAGGUUAACGAGCAUAUUUCUCAUUAUGGAAUCUUACAAAAACGAUUAAAAAGCUAAUCCAUUUAUUGCUAAUUUGAUAGAUGUAAUUUUACAAUAUAAUGAUCAAUAUGAAGCUAAGCUCUUUUAGAGAUUAUACAGCAGUAAUCUAAAAGAGAAGGAAUAAUUUAGCAAAUAACAAUUAGGAAUUCUCUUUUAAGAAAAAGAUAGCCAUAAAUAUGUAGCAUCAACAGUUUAUUAAGAUAAAAUCAAGGAAAUCAAAGCAAAAUAUAUAGAUUCUUUACCUCGAAAUCUUUUGGCUUAUAAUUAUGGAACGACAAAUAUAUUAUGUGAUUUUAAUCUUUCAGACGAUUUAUAAAACUUUCCUCCAUAAGUAUCUAUACUACCAGAAUAGUUAAAUUUAUGUGAAUAAGAUUGCAUGCUUUUUAUGCCAGAUACACUUAGACCUAUACCUUAAAGUGAAGAUUUGGGGAUAGAUGAGGAAGAGUGGCUAAAUCCAAGUUUAGUAACAGAACAUUUAUGGGAUUACAAGAUUUGUGAGCCAAGUGAUAAAAAAAUAUUACUUUAAGAGAUUUUAAUCAAAGCAUAUGAAACGAAGUUAAAUGAUUUAGAAUAUGAUUUAUUUAAGAAAGAACUUGAGUAAGAUGAUGUAAAUAUAAGAGAUUUAGAAUUAAAUACUGAAUUACUGCCCAAGCUAGUUGAAAAUAAUAAUAAAAUAGCAAGCUUAUUAUUGAUAAAAAUAGCUAAGGAAAAAGAGUUGACAUAAUAUUUAGAAAAGAUUUCAACUCUUGAUUUAACUUUAUAAUCUUUAGAAGUAGUAAAUGAUUUGAUUAACAACGUUAAUUUGCCAAAAGAGUUUAUUUAUUUAUACGUUAGCAACAUUAUUUAAUAGUGCGAUGAGAAUAAAAAAGAAAAAAACUAGCAUCAAAGAUUAGUUAGGCUGGUUUGCGUAUUUAUAAGAUAAUUAAUAAAAUCCCAGAGCAUAAAUCCUAAAGAAAAUUUUAUAGAGCUGUAAGCAUUCAGUAUUGAGAACUCAAAAAUACCUGAAGCAACCACUUUGUUUAAAUUGUUAAAAGACCUUGAUAAUGAACCAAACAAUAAUAAUCACAAUAAUAAUUAUCACUGAUAGAAUAUUUGAUUGGAAUAUAAUCUAACUUAGCUAAAAUUUAAAUGAAUGAAAAAAGUAGUUAGUUAAUAAGCAAAUUAAUAGAUAUAUAAAUAAAUAAUGCAAUUUAAAAUAUUUAAAACAAUAAAAAACGAUUUAUUAACUAGUUAAAUAUAAAGAAGAAAUAUAAUAUAAUUAUAAUGAGUAAAUUUAUGAGCUCUAAAAAAUAUUUUUAAAUUAACCAAAACAGCAACUAACUAUAAAUUAUUAAUCUGAUAUAAAUAAAAAAGGUAUUUAAUAUAGUUUUUAAUUAAUUUAUUUAUAUUAAUAAACUAUCAAAAAUUUAUUGCAAUUAUAAAAAUUAUUAAUUACAUUCACUUAUUUAAAUGAAUAGAUUAAUUCAUUCAUUAGCUUGUUUCUUUGUUUGUUUGCUUACUUGCUUCCUUGCUAGCUUUAAUUCAUUCUAUUUUUGCAACC